AUGGCUAAACUGCAAGACAGCCUGCUUCAAGGCGAGCCUUUUGAAGAUGCACCGCUCCCACCGUCUCGAAAUGCAUCUGCAUACAACCCGCUCCACCAUUUCGUAUUACCGCAAGGCACCGAUAGACAUUACUCACAACAAUUCGCUGACAUGUACUUCCUACGUCUGAUGCAACUGAAGAAGACGGUAAAAGAGAGAGCAGAGGAGGCCUGGCACAACUUUGAGUUGGGUGGCCAGAAGGCAAGCUUUGUUGACCGGGUGCUUGAUGUUCGACAAGGUGAACUGUGCUGGGUAGUAGGGACAGUGUACAUGGAAAUGGCACAGAAGCCGAAUGUGUUGGACGAUAUUGGGAAAGAUCACUGGAUAGCCGAUCCCCCUCAACGCGAUACCUACAUAUCUCCCUCUGGCGGUGACGAGAUGAUGCUCGAGGAUGAGUCGGGACGCCUUCGAGUCACGGGCAAGCCUCUGCACGGUCACUUUGUUACAGGGUGUAUACUUGCAGCGUUAGGUACGGAGGAGGCCGAUGGCACAUUCAAGGUCAUUGCAACACAAUGCGCCGACCUACCGAGACAACCACAGCGCUGGGAACGUGACGACAUAGCACUCUCAAAGGAAAAGCAAAGUAUACCAAAACGCGAGCCUGCCGGAAAGUUAGCCAUUGUGUCAGGGCUGGAGCUUACAGGCGCAGAUGACGAUGAGGUGGCGCUGGAUCUGCUCGUAGAGUACUUGACAGGAGAAGCGGCAGACCCAUCAACACAAGAAGAUGUCUCGAAAAUAACACGCCUAAUGAUAGCAGGAGGCUCGUUAGCACGCGGCUCGCCAAUUCUAUCACGAGAAGAUUUUGCUGCGAAGAAAAGCGCAGCCAGACACUACGGAUACGAUGCCUCAUCAUACAACGCAGCACCAACUGAACGCCUCGACGAGUUUCUCUGCGAGAUACUCCCUACCCUCCCUAUCACCAUGCUCCCAGGCGCAUCAGACCCCUCAAACGUCGCCCUCCCCCAACAGCCCCUCCAUCCCGCGCUCUUCCCCAACACCAGACUCUACGCCGAGCCUCCCAUCGCCAGCAACGAAACCCUCAAUGGCUUCGACGCCGUAACAAACCCCUGGGCUGGCGACAUCGAUGGCUACCGCGUCCUCAGCACGGGCGGCCAAACCGUUGAAGACCUUCUAAAAUACUUUGAGCAUGUCAAGUCGGUCGACGCAAUGGAAAUGAUGCUCCGCUGGCGCUGUGUGGCCCCCACCGCUCCGGACACCCUCUGGUGCUACCCCUUCCAAGACCACGAUCCUCUCAUGUUGACCGAAUGCCCACACAUAUACAUUGCUGGCUGCCAAAAGAAGUUUGAUAAGAAAAUCAUAAAGGACCCGACGGGCCAGAAGGUGCUGAUUGUUAGUGUACCAAAGUUCCAGACUACGGGCAAGAUCGUACUUGUUGAUAUGGAGAGUUGGGAUGUCGAGGUUGUCAAGGUUGGGGUGAAGGGGGAAAAGAAAAGCAAAAGGGAGGGGUACGCGGCGACGGACGAGUAUGAGUAUACUAAGAUAGAAGAGAAUGGGGAUACUAAGAUGGAAGAGCUGGAAGAGAUGGAAGAGAUGGAAGAAUCGGAAGAGUAG